AUUUGUCUAAUUGUUUGUAGUAAAAAUGGGAGUUGAGGAUGGAGGAGGGUAUGAGAUGAAAGAUAAUUAUACUUUGCUCCGCGCUACCAGCUGUGUUGGUGACCCCAGCAGCACAGCGUUGCAGUCUCUUAGAUCCAGAGAUCUCAGGACAUUUACGGAUAUUCUUAAUACAGAGGAAGAUGUUGGGAGUGAAUCGAGUCCACUUCCUGAGGAGCACUGGAUUAAUACUCCUAUUCAGGAGGAGAAUGGAGAAACUCUUCUAAGCUCUGCAAUAUCAAACCAUCUUCAUCAUUUCGUCCAGGUUCUAUUGGCUGCUGGAGCACAAGCCAACCUUUAUAAUCACCAGCUAGCCAACUAUCCUAUUCAUGUAGCAGCUAGAGUUGGAGAGAGAAAAUGUAUCGAACUCUUACUUAACUCCGGGUGUAAAACUAACAGAGGAGACGUGAACGCAGUGAACAAGGUUGGACGGACUGCACUGCAUGUAGCAGUGGAACGGAAUGAUGUUGAUCUGGUUGAUUAUCUGCUCCAGGUGCCCGGAGUACGGGUUAACCCUAAAGAUAAGAAGGGUGGGCAAACUCCGCUCUACCUGGCUGUAUUGAAUAAAUCUCCCCAACUGGUUGAAAUGCUCCUAGAGCAAGGAGCAAACCUUCAGGAUAUAUGUUUCGGUAAAUGUAUCCAAGAUCUGAUCUCGGAAAAGAUGCCGGAUCUAGAUAUAUCCAGAGUAAAAUUAAACCGAGCUCCCCUAGAACGGGAGAAUAGCUCCAAUACUACCCAGAUACUACUAGGUCUAGUGGAUAAAGCUGGAGCACAGUCUAAACCUAACCAAGCUGAUCUACAAACCUUCAAGAGCCUUCUCUUACAGUUUGAUAUGAAGACUUUAAGUAGCAUAAAGACUGGGGGAAUAUCUCUUCUCCAAAAAUGUUGUGUCAACGGACUGGAUGAGUUUGUUGAAGCACUGCUGGAGGAAGGACUAGAUCCAAACUAUUGUCCUCCUGAGUCCUACUCUGCUCCCGUCCUUCUGGCUGGGGGUAGAGGACAUCUUCAAGUUCUCCAGGUUCUCAGCAAAUACAACGCGGAUUUCUCCGUCCUAAAGAAACAAACAGACGAAACAAUUCUUCACAGAGUUCUCAUAAAAGAUGAACAUUUUGAGAACGGAGAUUAUCAAGGAUGUCUUGAUCUUCUUCUCUCUGUAAACGAUCCUGAUCUGAAAGAUCAAAUUGAUCGAAUUAUCAAUAAAAAAGAUAUAUUUGGAAACACAGCUUUACACUACGCUACGCAAAAGUGGGAUCAGAAUAUAGUACGAAGUUUGUUAGAACGAGGAGCUAACAUUGGUAUAAAGAAUAGAUGGGGAGAGAUACCUAUACAGAAAAUAGAUCCAGAGACCAUGGAGGCAUUCUUGAAUGAAUACUGUCUUCAGUCGACAAACGACGUGAAUCAUGAAGAUUUCGAGCUGGUUUUCAAAUACAACUUCCUAGCUCCUCCAUUGGAGAAUUUACCAACGGAGGUUUUGGGACCUUACUCCGAUGACGAGGAGAAUCAUAAGAUCUCCGACAGGGAUAUUCAGAAGAGAUACGUCCUACCGGAGACAGAGAGUUUAUGGUACAUGGGUCAGACCAAAGAGCAUAGACACCUCCUGAAGCACCCUGUCAUCACCAGUUUCCUCUGGUGUAAGUGGAAUAGGAUCAGGAGAUACUUCAACAGAAACCUCAGAUUCUACCUUCUGUUCGUGACUAUCCUGACCUGGUACGUGUUCGAGACCUUCGGAGGAGACUCCUUGAGGUCCGAGGACGGGAGCAUCAAGGCUUGGUAUUAUAUAUUCUCCGUCUUCUCCGCGGCGAUGCUCAUCUUUAUAAUCAAGGACUGGAUUUCAGAUGUUAAAGAUUUAGUUUAUCAAGAGAGUAUACUGGAAGGUUCGGUUCGAAUUUCAGGCUCUAAAUCCUACUGGAGUCUUAUAUUCAGUAACUGGUUAGAGGUUGUUUAUCUGGCUGGUCUGGCGGUCAUCCUAUGGUUGGGACCAACCUGUCUCUAUAUAGUUCUUCUAGUUCUUUUGUGUGGGCUAGCACUUAGAGAAGUAUUCCAAGUAGCAGUAUCUAUCAGACGGUAUAUUCUUGAUCUUGAGAACUGGAUUGAAGUUGGAAUGAUAAUCUGUAUUUCUAUCGUACUGCUCCGACCUGACGUUGUACAGCUAGAUACAGGAGAAACAAACAAUGGAACCAGUGCUGUACAGUACAGUGAGAACCAGUUUGAACAAGAACGAGACUUGAAGAGACAUCUUGCGGCACUCAGUUUGCUGUUCUCCUGGUCUGAGUUGAUUACAUUCAUUGCAAAGCAUCCAAGAUUAAACAUUUAUAACGUGUACGUGACCAUGUUUUAUAAGGUGCUGUCGACAUUCUUCUUCUUCCUACUCUGGUAUAUAUUCUUCAUCCUAGCCUUCGCCCUUAGCUUCUACAUCAUGCUGCACAGGGACUUCGAGACCAGUCCAGAGUCUGAAUAUGUAUUCUUCGACUCUCCCUGGCUCUCUCUGGUGAAAACCUCGACAAUGUUUAUUGGAGAACUUGAAUUCUCAGAUAUUCCCGUGAAUCUUGACUCUAAGAUGGUUCCUCUCAGUUACCUUUUCUUUCUAUCCUUUGUAUUCCUUAUUGUUGUUGUUCUUAUGAAUCUUCUCAACGGUCUAGCUGUAUCAGAUACAGGAGCUAUCCAGGAACACUCUGAGAUAGUUAGCUACCUAUCUAGAGUGGAUACUAUUAGCUAUGCUGAAUCCUUACUGCUCGGAGAUCCAUUUGAUUUCUUCUCAUCCUGGCCUAGAUUGAGGUUAAGGAUACCUAGUCUUAGUUUCUGUAGACAGUUCUAUAGGCAUAGAACAAUACGGAGGUUUAUUCAAAGACGGAUUGUAAUCAGUAAAAUGAAUGAAGCAAAGGAAUCAGAUCUAGAGAAGAAAAUGACGAGAAUAGAAGCAAAACUAGAUCUUCUACUUUCCCGAUCCAAUAUAUAA